UUUGACUCAUGAAUUUUCUCAUCAAUCAUGGCGUUUCACAAAUCUAUCUGUUUUUUAUUAUUAAUCUUCAUCACUUUCAUGUCUUCUUCCCAUGCACAUACCUUCCAGGUUGGUGGUAAAGAUGGCUGGACCUUACACCCUUCUGAAAACUACAACAGCUGGUCCGGCCGAUUGCGGUUUCUGAUCAACGAUACCCUGCAUUUUAAGUAUGAUGAUGGGUCGGAUUCUGUUUUGGUGGUGAACAAAAGUGAUUAUGAUGGAUGCAAUGUUAAUAAUCCGAUCACUAAGCUGGAUGGGGGUGAUUCGUCGUUUAAGUUUGAUCGAUCGGGACCAUUUUACUUCAUUACGGGUAAUAAAUCGAAUUGUGAUCAAGGUCAGAAGCUAACUGUGGUGGUUUUGGCGCUUAGAAAGCGAUCUCCACCUCCAUCCAUCGCUACUCCGCCUUCAUCGUCGACUUUACCACCGUCUCCGGUUGGUUCCCCUGUCUUUCCACCGUCUAAAUCCCCUGUUUCACCACCUUCGACCGCGGUAUCCCCUGUUUUUCCACCAUAUAUGUCCCCAGUUUCGCCACCUUCGACAGCGGUAUCCCCUGUUUUUCCACCAUCUAUGUCCCCAGUUUCGCCACCUACGACCGCGGUAUCCCCUGUUUUUCCACCAUCCAUGUCUCCUAUUUCACCACCGACCGCAGGGUCCCCUAAGUUAUCACCUUUCGGAACUCCUUCCUUCAGUCCACCAGCGCCUUCCCCUGGUGGGGGAAGUGCGGAUUCUCCUGCAGGAGAGAGUGCAGAUUCCCCUGCUGGAGGAGGGAGUGCAUCUCCUCCAGGUGGUGGUGGAAUGUCCCCGGGUGGUAGUCCGGGGGCAAACUCGACUACACCAUCGUCAGCCGCAACGCCACCACUCUUUGGUAUCACCGUUACAUCACUUGUAACGGUGACGUUAGGUUUAUCGGGGCUUAUUUAGUUAUUUGAAAUAGAUAAUUGAAGGGUUUGAUUAUAUAGAAAUGUUAGGGUUUUUUGUUUGUUGGAUUGAUAUAUAGGUAGUUGAAUGUCAAUAAACGAGUGUACAUCAUAUGUUUCAUGUAUGCAUAGCAUGUAUCUACAUAAAUACUUGGUUGAAUAAAUUUUUAUAAUCAUAUUGUUUAUUAA